AUGUCUUGCACCCAGAUACCUGUAGCCAUCCUCGGCUAUGCCUGUCGCCUCCCGGGGCAAUGCAAUUCCCCCCAUGCUCUCUGGGAAUUUCUCGCCCGGGGAUCCAUUGCAAAGAAUGACCCCCCCGAGUCCUCUGGCCGCUUCAACCUUUCCAGCCACUACGACGGGUCGGGCAAGCCGGGAACUAUGCCAUCUCCUGGAGGCAUGUUCCUGGAAGAAGUGGACCUGGCGAACUUUGACGCCGCCUUCUUCAACCUCAGUCGCGCCGACGCGACAAGCAUGGAUCCCCAGCAACGUCUUCUACUCGAAGUCACCUACGAGUGCCUGGAGAACAGCGGCGUCACGCUGGACCAGAUUCGUGGAACCAAUGUCGGAUGUAUCGUGGGGAGCAACUCAUGCGAAUACGAAGCAUCAAUGUUCCGCGACCCGGAAGACCUCCCUGCUGGUCGAAGCACUGGGACUAGCCGUUCAAUCCUGAGCAACCGUGUCAGCCACUUUCUCGACAUCAACGGCCCAAGCAUCACCGUCGAUACGGCGUGCUCGGCCACCAUGACUGCCGUCGACAUUGCCUGUCAGUACCUGGCGCUUGGCAAGGCGGACAGUAUGGUCGUCGCCGGUUCGACGCUCUACAUGGAUCCGGUUACGCUCCAGGACCCCGGUCCCAUGAAGGAGGCCUUCUCGACGUCUGGCAAAUGCCACUCGUUCGACGCAAAAGCCGACGGCUAUAUUCGCGCCGAGGCCAUCAACGCGGUUUUUCUGAAGAGGCUGGACGAGGCACUUCGUGAUGGCGACCCAAUCCGUGCCAUCAUUCGGGGCACGGCGGUCAACAGUGAUGGCCAUACCCCUGGCCUUGCCAGCCCGAACCCUGCGGCGCAAGCUGCUGCAAUCCGUGCGGCCUACCGUAACGCGGGAAUCACCUCGUUUGACGAUACCGGGUUCCUUGAAUGCCAUGGUACAGGCACCUACUCUGGCGACCCGCUGGAGAUCGAAGGACUGGCCUCCGUCUUCGCGCCAACUCGGCCUGCUCACAAGCCGCUCAUCAUUGGCUCCAUCAAGAGCAACAUUGGGCAUUCGGAAGCUGCCGCAGGCUUGUCCGGUCUCAUCAAGGCCGCCAUGGUGGUUGAAAAGGGUAUCAUACCGGGAAAUCCUACAUUCAUCACUCCCAACCCGCGUAUCGACUUUGAGGGCUCUAGGGUCCGCGUGUCCCGAGACGCCACGCCAUGGCCCGAGUACGCGCCUAUCCGCCGGGCGAGCGUCAACUCGUUUGGAUUUGGUGGUGCUAACGGCCACUGCGUCCUCGAGGCGGUUGAUACUCACCUCGAGACCCACGGAAGCUCCAAGACUUUUGUUUCUUCCUUCGGCGAGGGCAACAUCUCAUCGUGGAUGGACGGAGACUACGAUGACGACGAAACUCCGGGAGCCUUAGGUUCCGGACGGCUCCAACUCCUCACUUUCUCCGCCAAUGACCGAGACGCCCUCACGGCAAACGUUAAAGCCAUCUCGAACCAUCUUAUCCACCCCGCCGUCACCGUCUCGCUCGCCGACGUGGCCUACACCCUCUCCGAAAGACGGACGCACCAUUUCCACCGCGCCUUCAUCGUCACGGACUCGACCGACUUCGUAACCGGCACCGAAACCGUGGCCAAGAAGCGCGCCGAGCCGCCCCGAGUCGGCUUCGUCUUCACCGGCCAGGGCGCGCAGUGGAGCGCCAUGGGCAAGCACCUCCUCAGUCACUUUCCACUAGCAAAGGCAAUCGUGGCAGAACUGGACGCGGCUCUCCAGACACUCCCUCAGCCACCUUCGUGGUCGCUGCUCGACGAGCUUACCCAAAAACGGGAUCCGGUCCACCUACGCCGACCCGAAAUCUCCCAGCCGCUGGUCACAGCCCUCCAGCUUGCGCUGCUCAGAGUGCUUGAGCAUUGGGGGAUCCGCCCCGAGAGCGUGGUCGGACAUUCCUCGGGCGAGAUCGCGGCUGCGGUGGCUGCGGGUCUCAUACCCGCCGACGCGGCAAUCAAGGUGGCCUACCUUCGCGGCCAGGCGGCGGUCAGUCGGCCGCCUCAGCAGGCUUUGGGAAUGCUGGCUGUCGGGCUGUCGGCAGAGCAGGCGGUCGCUUAUCUGGUCACCGAGCCGACCGUGCACAUUGCGUGUUUCAACAGUCCUAGUAGCUUGACCGUCUCUGGGCCGCUGGCUGACCUGGAGCGAGUCCGUGACUGCGUGCAGAAGGACGGCCACUUUGCGCGUCUGCUCCAGGUGGACCUGGCAUACCACUCGGAGUACAUGGCUGACAUUGCAGCGGAAUAUGAACGGUUGCUCGUGGAAAGUUGUGCUCUUGUUGCUGACGAGGCGGGCGACACUGCCGUGGCCACGGGUGUGUCGAUGAUCUCGUCUGUCACUGGCCGUGUCAUGGAGCCAGGGGUAAGACCCGACACAGCUUACUGGCGGCGCAAUAUGACGAGCCCUGUCCGGUUCGCGCAGGCAGCCACCGAAAUGCUGAGCCGACCCCACGGGCCGGAAUUCUUGAUCGAGAUCGGACCGUCCAAUGCGCUAUCUGGCCCAGUCGCCCAGGUCAUCGCGGCCAUGGGAAGCACUUCCCAGGUCCAAUACACCUCGGCCGCAAAGAGAGGCCCCGACACGCUCCUCUCGCUUUUCGAUGCCGUGGGCAAGCUCUGGGCCAACGGCGGGAGUGUCGACAUGACCAAAGUGAAUGCAUACGACCAACCGUCCCUGGUUGUCGACCUGCCCAACUACCAGUGGAACCACUCCAAUCGCUACUGGCACCAGGGCCUCGCAAGCGAAGAGUGGCGGCACCGAAAAUUUGUUAGCCACGAUCUGCUGGGAUCCAAGAUUCCCGGGACGAGCUGGAAGGCCCCUACCUGGCUGCGGAUGAUUCGGCUUGAUGACCUCCCCUGGCUCCGGGACCACGAAAUCGCCGGCCAACUCCUGUUCCCGGGCACAGGGUUCUUGGCCAUGGCGAUGGAAGCUGCCUACCAGACGGCUGCUGUCAACGAAUGGUCUGCCUACGGCUCAACCCAGCCGGCUAGCUUUACCUACCACAUGGAAAACGUCCAGUUCUUGCGCGGCCUUGAGCUGAGCGAAACAAACGCCGUGCGUGUUAUGCUGGCCCUCACGCCCGUCUAUGCCCCGCUCAAGCCCUGGCAUGAGUUUAAUAUCAGGUCCGUGAGCAACGACGGCACAUCCUCAAUCCUGCACUGCACUGGCCUGGUUCGCAUCGUUAGCGAGCCUGCUUCUUCCCGUCUACCAACCGCGCCACCCCCAGGGGUCAUGGAGCCCCUGAAAUACCCCCACAACUCCGAUUACUGCUACAGGUUGAUGCACGGCACGGGAUAUCACUACGGGCCGCACUUCCAGCGCCUCGUCGAGAUCGAGUGGACUUGGGGAGGUGCGCGCACGCUCGGCACCUUGUCCCUGGCCGAGCCCCCGUCUACGUAUCGACAGUCGCGCUACCCAAUCCACCCGGUCAGCCUGGACAGCUUUCUGCAGUUCUCUGGCUUUUCGGUGCGCCAACGGCAAAAGAAAUUCAGCGAUGUCGAGUCCCUGGUGCCGGGCCGUAUUGACAGUCUGGUGGUUGCGGGCGGUGCUGAUGCUUGUCAUGCUAGUGUCGCGCGGGUAGCAUUGUCGGCGGCGUUGGGCGGGCAGGGAAAGAAGGAAAGGGCGACGAGUUACGAGGUUGCGGGGGCUGCGUAUGACCCGGACGAUGGCCGUUGCCUGCUGGAGAUGAAGGGGUUGCACUUUGCCGCUCUCGGGGCGGAUGCAGACGUGGCGACGAGUCAUUCAUAUGCCCGGCUGGCAUGGAAUGUCGACUUGUCCCUCACGGACGAGACGUCUUUGAACCGGGUUCUGUCUGGGCAUACUGCUGGGUCUGGCUCAUGGUGCAGGAAGGUUUUGGAGCUCGUCCGUCAUACCAAUCCUGCUGCGAGCGUGUUGGAGGUGGCCACCGAUCCGGCAAGCGCGUCGUGUCUCAGUCUCGAUGGCAGAGAUGUGGACACGGCACACUUUGCGGCCUUCCACUUCGUUUCCAACGGACCGAAACAGCUUCUUGAGGCUCAGGAUCGCCACUCCACGGUACCGAAUGCCACCUUUCAGCUCCUCGAUGCGACUGUACCCGGCACUGUCAUAUCCACCGACCAGUGUGAUUUUGCGGUGCUGCGAGUUGGUCCUCGGUCCACAGCUGGAGGGAUGAGUACCGCCAUCGACAACAUAUCUCGCUCCUUGAGAGAGAAUGGCCAGCUUUUACUGGUCCACGAAACGGAUCCGCCAGCCGACAUGGAACUUGAAGGCGCCGUUGCUUCGCUUCGGGAAAGGUUCGUUUCGGUGAAGAAUCUCUCCAAGGCCACCUGCUGUCUCGCCGCCCUCGCCCAGUCUCCCAUCCCAAACCCGGCAGACAAACGCCAGAACGGCGAGCAAGUGCGGGUAAACCCAACCAUCAUCUGCCUCCGUUUCACGCAAUCCAACGCUAGGUCACUGGCAAUUCUCAACAACCUCCGCAACGCGGGCUUCAUCAUCCACGACCACGACGCCAACUCUCUCUCCGAGGAGCACAUCCCCGCAUCCAGCACCGUUCUUUGUCUCGACGAGCUCUCCGAGACCGUCACCGCCACCCUCACCCCAGCCUGCUGGUCUGCCCUCCAAUCCCUCAUACGUGCCGAAUGCCAUCUCCUCUGGGUCACCUCGGGCGCGCAAGGUCCUGGGCCGCGCGCCACCACACACCCCGAUCGUGCCGCUUCCCACGGCCUGCUCCGCGUCCUCCGCGCCGAGGAACCGCACCUGCGUCUCCUCACGCUGGACGUGGCAGAGCACUCGUCCGAAGAAGCAUCGUCCGCUGCCGUGCACACCCUCCUCAACGCCCUGCUGCGGCGCUCUGACUCUGACUCGACACACCCGGCAUUUGUCGCCGCGGAAAACGAGUUCUGUGCGGGGUUGGACGGCGCCAUCUACACGCCCCGCGUCGUCCCCGACGAGGAUAUCAACGCGGCCAAGUUUGAGCACGUCCGGGGAGGUCGCGAGGCAGAGCCGGCGGACUUUGCGACGACGGAGCGGCAUGUCCGGCUGCGGGCUGAGAGGCCUGGGAUGAUCGACUCGCUCGAGUACGUAGAAGUGCACGCCGCCGCCGACCGUGAGCUUGUCUGUGAGGAGGAGGAGGUGGAGGUGCAGGUGCACGCGGUAGGGGUGAAUUUCAAGGACGUCAUGCUCACGCUCGGGCUCGUCGGCGGGGCUGGUGAGUUUUCGAUUGGGAGUGAAGGGGCCGGGGUGGUGACGCGUGUUGGUCCGGGUGUUACUUCUGUUCGGUUGGGGCAGCGGGUUGUGGUUAUUUGGCAGGGGAUGUACGCGAAUAGGGUACGGGUGUCGGCGCGGUGCGUGCAUCGGAUUCCGGAUGGAUUGAGUUUUGCCGACGCUGCGACCCUCCCAGUGGCGUAUCUCACUGCCCUUCGCGGGCUGCGGGACCUGGGAGGGUUGAAAAGGGGCCAGCGGGUGUUGAUUCACUCGGCGACGGGGGGGGUCAUUAUCUGUUCUGUGAAGCUAACUACUAGUGCUGGGCAGAUAUUCGCCACGGUCGGCACGGCGGAGAAGCGCAAGUUCCUAGAAGGGCAGGGGAUCCUUAGCGAUCACAUCUUCUCAUCUCGCAGCGCCGACUUUGAGAAGCUGAUUCUUGAAAAGACCGGCGGCCGUGGCAUCGACGUAAUUCUGAACUCGCUAUCGGGAGAGCUUCUCGAGGCGUCCUGGAAUGUCAUUGCGUAUGGUGGUACUUUUGUCGAGAUCGGGAAGCGAGAUAUGUACGACGGUAGCCGCCUUUCCAUGGAACCUUUCAAGCGCGCGGCUUCAUUCCGAGCGGUGGACUUGACGCUUCAUCGCCGAGUAGACUUUGACAGUAUUGCGCGACUUCUUCAUGAUCUGUUCGACCUUCUAGAAGCGGGACACAUACAGCCAGUGUUCCCCAUGCGGACAUUCGCGUUUGACAAGGUACCCGAUGCCCUGCAUGUUCUGCGGGCUGGGACACACAUGGGCAAGCUGGUAGUGUCCAGAGACGCGGGUGAAGCAUUGAGCAUCCCGGUCCGCCCCUUGCCGAGGCAAGUCAAGUAUCGUGAAGACUCAUGCUAUCUUGUCGUCGGCGGGUUAAAAGGACUCGGCGGCAGCAUGGCUGUCGAACUUGCCAGAGGUGGCGCAAAGCAUGUCGCCGCGCUGUCCCGCGGGGGCUACGAUUACGAGGCAUCAAAGACUGUCAUCCACCGAGUACGCAGCCUGGGAACGCACAUCGACCUUCUGAGAGGGGAUAUUACCAAGAUUAGCGAUGUCAGGGAAGCAUUUACCCAGGCGACGGUGCCUAUCGGGGGUAUCAUCCAGGGCGCUAUGGUACUCCGCGACCAUCCGUUCUCGAACAUGGCCAUCGAUGAUUACCAUGCUGCCCUUGGGUGCAAGAUCAACGGCACCUGGAACCUACACAAGGUUGCCCUCGAGCAAAGCCUGAAUCUCGACUUCUUCACGAUGCUGUCUAGUAUCUCCAGUGUCCUAGGCUCCAAGGCACAAGCCAACUACGCCGCAGGCAACGCCUUCCUCGACGCCUUUUCCAGCUACCGCCUCGGCCUCGGUCUACCCGCCAACACCAUCAACCUCGGCGUCAUCCAGGACGUCGGCUACAUCGCCCGUAAUGACGACCUCCUUACCCGCUAUUCCGCCAACAUCACCCCCUACAUCGGUGAAGACCUCCUCUCCCGCAUCCUGCAAUAUUCCAUCCUCCAGCAGACCUCGGAUCCUGUCGGCCCCGCCAGUAGGGCGCAGAUGAUCACCGGCCUGGCCUACCCCCAGCCAACAGACUCGAGCCUGCGAGACGACGCCCGAUUCUCGCAUCUCUUCUUCUCGGCAUCUCCAGACAGCGAACAAAGCGGGCCAUAUGCAGCUGAUGGCAGCAACACGUCGGGGACGGGAAACCAGGGCCUCCAACAGGAGGUGCGCGAGCUUAAGCUGCUGUUCCGGUCGAGAAACGGCGCAACGGACGCGGUCGUGAUGAACAAGACGGUGGCGGUGGUUAGCGCGUAUCUUGCUAAGAUGCUACGGCUACGCGACGAGGCCUUGGAGCCGGAGCGGCCGCUGUCGGCGUAUGGGAUCGAUUCGCUGGCAGCGGUGGAGUUCCGGAAUUGGGUUCGGCGGGAGCUCGGAGCGGUCUUGUCGAUGAUGGAUGUUUCGAUGUCGGGAUCGCUGCUGGCACUUUGUAAGGAGAUUGUGGUGAAGGCUCGGGGUGGGGAGAGUACGUAGGGGGACGGACUGGGUGACUGGGGUGAGGGCUGCAAGCAUGUUAAAGAUGCUAGGUGCGUGGUUGACUGAGGUCAGUUUCUUUCAUAGUCGAUGUUCCAGUUUUCAGACGUUACUAGGUAGGUAGCUAUCCGUACAAGACAUCCGUUUAGUGAUCGGAACCCGCCCCUUAGCGGUCCUCCGAUGUUAAAGUCAGAC